CACCACCACCACCACCUCCACCUCCUCCGCCGUCACCAUGAGAAUUGAGACGUGCUACUUCUGCUCAAGCCCCGUCUACCCGUCCAAGGGCAUCACCUUUGUGCGAAAUGACGCCAAGAGCUUUCGAUUUUGCAAGAGCAAAUGCCACAAGAACUUCAAGAUGAAGCGCAACCCGCGCAAGCUGGCCUGGACAAAGAGCUUCCGUCGCGCACACGGCAAGGAAAUGACUGUCGACUCUACCCUCACUUUUGCUCAGCGCCGUAACGUGCCCGUGCGCUACAACCGCGACCUUGUCCAGACGACACUCAAGGCCAUGGGUCGUGUAUCCGAGAUCCGUGCCAGAAGAGAGCGCGCUUUCUACAAGGCCCGUAUGCGCGGUAACAAGCAGCGCCAGCGCGAGGAAGACCGCAAGCUGGUCUUGGAAAACCAGCACCUGCUGCCACCCAGUGAGCGAUUCUCCAAGGAGGAGCUCGAGCAAAUGCAAGUCGAGCCCGAUGUCCAGACAAUCAAGGACAAGGUUGCUGCCAGGAGGAAGGAGCUUGAGGCAGAAGAGAGCGAGCUUAGCGAUGCCGAGGAAGAGAUGCUACCCAAGACUAAGAGCAAGAGGAAGAUGAAGAUGAAGGUCGGCGGUCGCGGUGUCGAGGCCAUGGAUGUUGACGAGUAGAGCGGCUCUCGGGACCCGGUACCUUAUCUGCAUCAACCGACAGCGACAGCCUAAUGACUGGCUUGGCCUUGCGAGUAAAAAAACCGUUCCUGGAGUCUGGCGUCACAUUACAAGGGUAGUUUUCAUGACCAAAAUAGCUCGAUACCAUAUCAAGAAGCUUCUUUUAUUUCUCUU